AUGCAGUUCCUUCAGUUCGCCAUCGCUGCUGUUUUUGCUGCUGUCGCAGUUCAAGCUUCCUCGUUUACAUGCGAGAACAAGGCCGUCAUCUCAUCUUCUUUCAUCGGGGAAAACUCAGAUGUCAAGGUUGAGACAUUAGGCUGCUCAAAUACCAUUCAAAAGCGCGGUCUUGAAGCGCGCCAGACGAAUGUCUGCGCCGAUACCUGUACCACCAACUGCUUUACUCCAUCUGGUGGUGGUCCAGACCCUUACGAUUGCCAAGUCAUCUCCGAUGCUCUCUUGUAUGAUAGUCAGAACAUCGGUGCACUUUUUAAUAUCACAACUGCAACCACUCUCUAUAUGCAGUACGCCACUUGCGAGACAUUCUUCGUGAACCAGGCCAGCUAUACCGAAACGUACUGCAGAACGAACUGGGCUAACGUCGUUGAAUAUGUCGCAUUUAACUGUCAGUCUCAACAGAAUGCUCAUGGCGGGAAUUGUGUCACUUCUGAUCAGACAUGGUUCAUCCAGGUGCAGACGGUAGCCUGA